AUGGCGAAUUAUAUUCUUGAAUCGCGGAGGGCGAAGAAGGUUGGAAAGCUCUGGGCUUAUCGAUUCAUAAAGCAUCAUACGAAAUUAAAGAUGUGUUUUAAUUGUGUUUAUGACUUUCAAAGAGCUUUUUGCGAAGAUCCCAAGCUUAUUGAAGAGUGGUUUCGAUUGGUAUCGAAUAUGCGGGUGAAAUAUGGUAUUGUCGAUUCCGAUUUCUACAACUUCGAUGAAACCGGCUUCAUGAUGGGUAUAAUAUGCCUUGGAAUGGUUGUAACUAAUGUUGAACGAAAUGGCAGAAGCAAGGCAAUACAAUUAGGCAAUCGAGAGUGGGCUACAGCAAUUAUAUGUGGCAAUGAAGAAGGUGAAAUUAUACCUCCAUUUUUGGUAGUUCAAGGACAAGUUCAUCUUUCCAAUUGGUAUACUGAAACCGAUUUUCCUGCGGAUUGGGCUAUUAAACCUACUUCUAAUGGAUAG